CUCUUACUUCCACAUUCCACGAAUCUAGUCGGCAAUGUCUGGUCCCAAUCUCUCAGGGCCCUCCAGUGGCCCUUUGGCCAAGAAGCAAAAGCUCGAAGUCGCCGCCAAUGAGCCAGUCGCGCAUGGCUCGAAGAUCUUUUCUCCGUUCAGGACAGUAGGUUUGGUCUCUCCCACAAAUGUUCCAUUUACCUCCCUUCCUCUCGGAAAGACCACAUUUCAAAUCACAACUUCUGUCGGUCGGGCGCUGCAGACGUACGACCUAAAACGAGGACUGAACCUCGUCUUCAUUACAAGACCACAAACGCCGGAGGACAUAACUUGUACGCUGGCAUGGAAGAAGUUUGUUCUUGCUGCUUGGGGUGGACAGGAGACGCAUUCGCCGCGAGGUGUCUGGGUCUAUCAGCGCGGAAAGAAGGUCAAUGAGCUUGAGAUCCCAAAGGGAAUGAAGCACAAUGUCACUCAACUCGCUGUCUUCGGAAGUUGGAUUGUAGGCCAAGGACACACGUCGAUUGAGGUCUGGAAAUCCUCCACCUUGGAGCAUUACACUACUCUACAGGGUAUUUCGUCAAGCCCGCUUGUCGCAAUUUGCACCAUGCCGACCUAUCUGAACAAAAUCUUCGCGGCCAGGAAAGACGGAUCUGUCGAGAUCUGGAACCUGAAUACCGGAAAGCUCCUGUAUACUCUGCUGCCACCAGCAUCAAGCUUUGGCGCCGUCACCGCUAUGCAGCCGACUCCUGCACUUUCCCUCCUCGCGAUUGCAUACGAAGCCGGGCCUGUCAUCAUCCACAACGUCCGACUUGAUAAGGAGGUCAUGCGACUGAACCUUGGGGGGUCCACUAAGGCUCCUAUAACCUCCAUCUCAUUCCGUACCGACGGACUCGGCGCCGGCGACGACGGACAGAAAGAUGGUGUCAUGGCUACAGCCAGCCUGGGAAAUGGCGAUAUCACCUUCUGGGAUCUCAAUGAUGGAGGGCGCAAAACCGGCACGCUUCGUGGUGCACAUAAUCCUCCGCCAUCUGCGAACGGGGGAAUUGGUGGCGGUGUCAGCAAAAUAGAGUUCUUGCCCGGCCAGGCUGUACUCAUCUCGAGUGGUUUAGACAAUUCUUUGAAGAGCUGGAUCUUUGACGACACACCCUUCUCACCCAUACCCCGAAUUCUGCAUUCUCGUGGUGGCCAUUCUGCCCCUGUCUCGAACCUGCGAUUCCUGCCUUCCAACUCGGACGGCACAGAUGACACUGGAAAAUGGCUGCUCAGCGCAAGUCAAGACAGGAGCUUGUGGGGAUGGAGUCUUCGACGCGACGGGCAGAGCACUGAACUCUCCCAGGGAUCCAUCCAGAAGCGAGCGAAGAAGAUGGGCCUUCUUAAUGGUGGUAUGGCGGGCUCAAAGGCACACGGAGGCUCUGGCUCUUUGGAGGAACUUAAGGCUCCGGUCAUUACAUGCAUCGCGGCCUCACUCAAUCGUGAUGGCGGAAUGGGUGCAAUGCCCGGUGUUACUGGCAUCUGGGACAAUGCUACAAAGCCCAAGGGCAAAAAGGCUCCCGAGGUCAAUAUGACUGGCUGGGAGAGUAUUGUUACUGGCCACGCUGGAGACAAAGCAGCACGCACCUGGUUUUGGGGCCGCAAGCGUGCCGGAAGAUGGGCGUUCGACACUGGUGAUGGAACAGAAGUCAGGAGUGUUGCGAUCACUGCUUGUGGAACGUUCGCUCUUGUCGGAUCUGCCGGGGGUGCAUUGGAUAUGUACAAUCUCCAAUCCGGACAACAUCGCAGGAAAUAUCCGGCUCCAUUGACGCAGAAUGAAGCCAAACGACUAAGAAUCCAACAACUCAAUGCAGAAGAGGCUGGCACUGGUUCGGAAUUUUCAUCACAGGCAAAAUUUACGAAGGGUCAAGGCAAGCACAAGGGUGCCAUUACUGGCAUUGCUACUGACAGUCUCAAUCGGGUGAUCAUCAGCUGUGGAGAAGACGGCAAGUUGAAAUUCUGGGACUUCGGCACUGGAUUGCUUCUUCAUGAAAUUGACUGGUACCCUAUGACGAAAAUCGUCAAUCUCCGUUACCACCGCGGUAGCGAUUUGGUAGCUCUCAAUUGUGAUGAUGGCUCUAUCCGAGUCGUUGACAUCGAGACCAAGAAACUCAUUCGCGAGUUCUGGGCAUCUUCAUCGCACAGUCAGAUUCGUACUGUUGACUACACAUUUUCGAAUGAUGGCAGAUGGAUUAUAUCUGCUGCCUCGGACUCUGUGGUCCGAGUGUGGGAUCUUCCAACGGGUCAUCUCAUCGACGCAAUGAGAUUACCGCAGCCAUGCACUACUAUUGCAUUCUCUCCCACAGGCGAGUAUCUCGCCACUGCACAAGAGAACGCUGUAGGAAUCGACAUUUGGACCAAUCGAUCAUUAUUCACGCAUGUUUCUACGCGUCAUAUUUCCGAUGCCGAUAUCGCUAAUAUGACUGGACCAAGUACUUCUGGCGAAGGUGGUGUCGGUAUAGUGGAGGCGGCAACUGAGGAGGAAGUGGAGGAUGAUACCGAGGACGCGAUUGCAGUCCCAAUCAUGGACCAAUUGAGCGAAGGUGUCACGACCCUCAGUCUUGUACCGAAAGCCAAAUGGCAGACACUUCUACAUCUCGACGUGAUUCGAGCACGCAACAAGCCCAAGGAGGCCCCGAAGGCCCCAGAGAAGGCCCCAUUUUUCCUUCCCUCGCUCUCAGAGAAGCCAUCUUCUAUCAUCGAGUCGAAGAACGCUGCAACGAUAGACACACUGCCUGUCCCUACGGAGGAACCCAAGUCCCGUAUCUCUUCUUCGUCGCUGACCUCGAAGACGUUGGUCGCGACCUCCACGAAUGAGUUCACUCGGCGACUUGCUCAAGCCACCGAUGAUGAAGAUUAUAAGCCAGUAUUGUCUUAUCUGUCGUCUUUGAACCCAUCGGCUGCCGAUCUCGCCAUCCGCACACUUGAUACUAUGGAACCGUACACCGAGCUGCAAACCUUCAUCCUCGCUCUAACGUCGAGAUUGGACGAAAGGAAAGACUACGAACUAGUCCAAGCAUGGAUGAGUGUCUUCUUAAGGAUACAUGGUGAGGUCAUUGCCAGCAGCGAGGAACUCAUUGGCUUGUUGAGGAAAUGGCAUGAAGGAGCUAAGCAAGAAAGAGAAAGAAUUGGAGGUUCAAUCGGAUACAGCGUGGGUGUGUUGGGAUUUGUGAGAAGUGCACGUUGAGAGACCAGGUACAUAGCAACCGGGAGAACGAUAGGACAGACGAUCAAAAGUGAUACCAGCCACAAUAUCAACAGUUGCAUAG